CUAAAGUUUGUUUUAUGAUGAAACAUCUGAUUAAAGUUUUUAUCCGGACUAUAGAUCACUUCAUAUUCUCUUUAGGACGAACAAAAAGACCAAUCUGGAAGACGGAUUUCUGCCUGUUAAUUAUUCACACCGGGUCACAUCAGAGGCAGGAGGGGCUGAAACUUAAGGAGAGCAGCGGAUAGACGGGAAACUCUUCAGUUUGUGGCCGUGCUGAGAGCUCAGAGUAAAGAUGAAGCUUUUAGCCUUCCUGUGCCUGUCUGUUCUCUUAGCUCACAUUCAUCUCUCAGUGGCAGGCAAAAUCAAACUGUUUAAGGCUUUUAAGAAGACGACAAAGACAAAAACUAAUCUGGAUGCCAAAACUAAACAUUCAAUCCUGGAAAAGGCCAAAAACCCCACUUCAAAUAAAGGAAGUUACCCUAAGCAACCAGAAGGAGGCUAUCCUCAGUACCCAGGUAGCCAACCUCAAUAUCCAGCCAGAGGCUAUCCUCAGAACCCAAACCAACAUGGAGGCUAUCCUCAGUACCCAAACCAACAUGGAGGCUAUCCUCAGUACCCAAACCAACAUGGAGGCUAUCCUCAGUACCCAAACCAACAUGGAGGCUAUCCUCAGUACCCAAACCAACAUGGAGGCUAUCCUCAGUACCCAAACCAACAUGGAGGUUAUUCCAACCCAGGUAGCUACCCUGGGUAUCCAGCCAGAGGUUAUCCUCAGUAUCCAAACCAACAUGGAGGUUCUCCUUACCAUGGAAGCUACCCUCAGUACCCACAGUAUCCUGCCGGCCAUUUCCCAGCUCCAGGGUAUGGAGGAGGUUAUGGAAAUUAUCCAGGUAGCUACAUCAACCACAACCCAAACAACAGGAUCCUGAGCCCUCACUACGGCGGCAGCUUUGGAUUUGGUGGCUACGGAGGUGGGGGUGGUUCUCCCUUCUCUUCCUCGGUUCAGAAAAUGGGAUUUGCUCCGUCUGAUCAAUCCAAAGGGUUUGGACGCAGUGCAGCAAUGGCGGCGGCUGGAGGGGCGAUGGCAGGAAUGGCCCUGGGCUACGGACUAGGGAAGUUCCCCCGUCCCAAUUUCCACUUCCACAACCCCCACCAGGAGUAUUACUACAACUACUACAUGUACAAGCGAUACGGUAUGAAAUCCUCUGACAGAGACGACUACAGCAGGGACUACAAGUUCAAUCAGACACCUGAGACCUUUGACAGGUUCAUGACCUCCUGCAUGAAGAGGACGGACCUUCUGCCAGGAGAGAACCAGAGGUCGCAAACCAAACCACUGACCACAACAACAACAACCUCAACCACAACCUCUGCAACUAACACAACUACAACCACAAGAAGCAAUAUCACUGCAGCAGGGAACAUUUCCUCCAUCUCCAAUUCAACCAGCAACCCUCUCAAUAAGUCUGAUGUUACAAAUGUGAAGGCUUCACAGACUCUCCAGAACAAUGAGGCGAAUGAUGACACAGUCAGUAUUGUGGAAAUUGGCUACCCAGCGCUGAUCACCCAGAUGAAGGUGAAAAGAUGUACGGAGCUUUACGUCGUUUACUCUGAAAAACACUUAAAGAAAAAUGAACAGUCUUCACCUCACAGUGGGAUACAAAACUUGCAGCAAGGGCUACUUUUUGUACUCAUGAGCACAACUAUGUUAAUGCUGCACAAUUAAGACCUCCACUAGGUAGAAGGUGAAGGACAAAAAUAAAGAUUAUGCAAGUUUGCAAACAAACUAUUUUUUAAAUUCAUGGUCUGUGCAUUGCAUUCUAACAUGACUUCUACCUUCUGGCUUCAUUGUUUGCUGAUGACAACAAACUUUAAUUAUGGCUAAUAAUUGCUACUGUUCCUCAGCAACACCAAUCCUAACACAAAGCAGAUCAUAAAUGACAAAUUUUAGCAAGGGCUAAAGAAGAUGAAGGCUAUUUUCUUUCCUGUAGCCGCUAACUGCCGUGCAGAACUAACACUCUACAACAGUCAAUGCUAAAAACACGUUAGCUAAAGAUUGUUUUAGAUGUUUUUAUGUUUCUUCUCUUGUGCAACACAGCCGUCACUAACAAGUGUUAAGAAAAUAAAUUUAAAGUAUGCUAGUUUAAAUACUUAACAUGUCUUGUGUGAUGGCAAGCCACACGGGGUAAGAUCCACACCUCAUCAAUAGUUACUUUUCACUUUAGUUUGUUUUGUAAGUUUAAGUAUUCUUUAUAUUUUCUUCCACCUUGCAAUGUUUAUAUGGAGUGCACACAUAUUAACAAUGCAAGGUCGAAAUUCAAUUAUGUUGUAUUAAUAUUGUUUUCUUUAUUUGAGUUGCCUGGGUGUUUGGCUCCCCUCCCUGGUGGACAAAAGGCGUGGCAAAGGGCUUUUGUCCUUUGCCACGCCUGAACCACCUGUGUCAUACUGGGGGGAUGUUUUUGGGUUUAUUUCAUUGUUUGUGUUAGUUGUCAGGUGGCAGCCAUUUUGUUUUCCCCUAUUGUGUCCACAUGGUUUAGCUAAACCUGUAUUUAAAUCCCCUUCUGUGUCAUUUCAGUUAGGUCAGUUUGUUGUUUUGUCAGUUAUGUCUUGAGUCUAGUAAUUUAUGUUGACCUCUUUUAUUGGCAUGCCUGUUUAAUUGUUAUGUUAACCUUUGUUCAUAUUUUUGGGUAAAUAAAAACCCACCUUUUUUGAAUUCAA